AUGCCGAAUACAGUUGAGUGUACAGACCGUUGUGAUAAUGGAGGAAUUUGCAGUUCAUUGAACAAUGUCACUGGAUUUAUCUGCACAUGCGCAGAUGAGUACAGUGGUGCAAGAUGUGAAUCUCGUUCGCGGUAUGCAGCACUCAUGUUUCUGUGCGACUCAGGAGAUAAUAUGAUUUUCGAAGCCAGUGCUGACGAGCUCGAGUUUCAUCCGCUUCCCUUGACCAAUCUCCGACAACCGGUGGCCGUCGGCUACGACUACGAAGACGACGUCGUUUUCUGGGUCAACGCUGAGGAUGGCUCACUUAAUCGAGCAAGACGCAAUGGAUCUGGAUAUGAACAAAUGAAUGUCGGUCAUGACAAUGGGAACGAGGCUCUGCUCAUCCUUCUUGAUCUUACGGCUGCUUUCGAUACGGUCGCCUAUGAGAUUCUGCUUCCUAGACUGAAAUACAGAUUUGGAGUGACUGGAACGCGUCUUUUCCUCAUCGAUGACCAAAAGCAAACCAUUGAAUCCUUCGGUCCUGAGGGAGAAGAUCACGUGACCGUCUUCACGACGGAAGGGACGUCCCCUAUUGAUAUCACGUGGUACAGGGGGACUCCCCUAUGGACAGAGGCGACACAAACAAGGGGUCUUAUUCUUCUUUAUGGGAAAAGAGAUGUAUCGCCCGCGUCAACAAACCUGAUUCAUUUUCAAAAUCCAGCGGGAAUUCAUGUUUAUCAUGGUCAGUCCUACUCGAAAGCACUGCAUGGAAGAUGUUUAGAAGACGAGUAUUCCUGCGAAGAUCUGUGUCUUCCUCUAUCGUGGCAGUGUGAUGGCCUUCCUGAUUGCCCUGAUCAGAGCGAUGAACUCAAGUGCGAACCAACAGAAGACCCAGUUCCUGAUGGCUUAUUUGUCGAUAGCGAAAACAGAGUAAUUUUCUGGACGGAUGCGGAUUACCAAACUAUCGAAGCAAUCGAGUUUGACAAAUCCAACCAGAGAGUAUUGAUCAACGAUGUUGACAUACCGAGAGCUAUCAUAGUCGUUCCGACCAAUGGUAAGCUUUAUUGGACCGACUGGGGUGCCACACCUAAGAUUGAGAUGUCCAAUCGAGACGGGUCAGACCGUCAGGUGAUCAUCGAUACAGAGCUCGGAUGGCCUAAUGGAAUCACCUAUGAUAUUGAAGGUGUGUAUCCAGCAGUCAUGUUUCAUUGUGUGUUUUUGAUAAACUGCCAUUAA